UUACAGAAAUUCCUUUGGAACGUUGACCGAAUAAUUCGCGCUCGGGAAAUUUCCGCUGAAAAAAGUCAGGAAAAUGUAAACAAAUUACUUUGACUUUACAACCUUGGCCUUAAAGGUGCAUCACUUCCUGUGAAAGGGAAAACAACUGUCCGCACUUGUCAUCUGACCCUGAAAACAAAUUAAAAGUCAAACGCUGCUGCCCACAAUGGCCUGUUUCCUCUCAACAAUAGGCCUGUGAGUGAGUCUCUUUGAAUGGGAUGAUCCCAGUGUGUCUGACGUGCUGGGAGAGUUCCAGGAGCUGCGGAUGAAUUCCGCACGAAGGCGCUGAGGCUCCAGUCAGACUGACGCCGCUGCUCUCGCUCCAUCCAAACACACGCGCUGUACACCUCCAGUCGGCGCGAGAUUCAGCGUUCGGCUGUUUCGCGGAAUUACCCGACUACGCGGAUCGUUUUUCGACUCGUCACAUUAAGAUAAAAACGACUGACUGCCUGAUGAAAAAUCCCUGUCAGUGGGUUUAUUCUAUACCCACCUGUAUCUUGUCUGUAGAGAAAUAAACGGAGGCUUCUGGGUUGGAGUGAUUUAAAACAGAUCUGCCCCAAGCUUUGAGAAAAAUCCGGUCGCUGGUGUCUCCCCAUUGCAUGAUGCACUCCACUACAUCCAUCACGUCCCUCUUCUCCUUCACCAGUCCAGCUGUGAAAAGGCUGCUGGGCUGGAAACAAGGAGACGAGGAGGAAAAGUGGGCGGAAAAGGCUGUGGAUUCCCUCGUAAAGAAGCUCAAGAAGAAGAAAGGGGCCAUGGAGGAACUGGAAAAGGCUCUGAGCUCUCCUGGCCAGCCCAGUAAAUGCGUUACCAUCCCUCGAUCCCUGGAUGGAAGGCUCCAGGUGUCCCAUCGUAAAGGUCUGCCGCAUGUUAUCUACUGCAGAGUGUGGCGCUGGCCGGAUCUUCAGUCCCACCAUGAGCUCAAAGCACUGGACUGCUGCGAGUUUCCUUUCGGCUCUAAACAAAAGGAGAUCUGCAUCAAUCCAUAUCAUUACCGCCGUGUGGAGACGCCAGUUCUACCUCCGGUCCUUGUGCCACGUCACAGUGAGUUCAAUCCCCAGCACAGCUUGUUGGCAAAGUUCCGGAAUGCUUCCCUACACAACGAGCCUCUCAUGCCCCAAAAUGCCACUUACCCAGACUCCUUCCCUGUGAUGCCCUGUAGCUCAUUCUCUUCAUCUCCCUCCAGCUCUUUAAACCAGUCCCCGACUGCGCACAGCUACCCCAACUCCCCCAGCAGUGCGGCCGAACCUGGGAGCCCCUACCAAAUUACAGCAGAGACGCCUCCACCACCCUACAGUAUGAUGGAGACCACUCCAUCUGAGGAUGUGAAACCUGGAGAGUCCUCCAACGCCAAUAAACUCAUUCUGUCUGCCCCACACAGAGACUUGAGGCCAGUGUGUUAUGAGGAACCAGAAUACUGGUGUUCAGUGGCGUAUUAUGAACUAAACAACAGGGUGGGUGAGACGUUCCAUGCCUCUUCCAGGAGCAUCCUCGUGGACGGCUUUACGGACCCCUCCAACAACAAGAACCGCUUCUGCCUCGGAUUACUAUCCAACGUCAACCGAAACUCCACCAUUGAACACACUCGCAGACACAUAGGCAAAGGUGUGCACUUGUAUUACGUCGGAGGGGAGGUGUACGCAGAAUGUCUAAGUGACAGCAGUAUUUUCGUACAGAGUCGGAACUGUAACUACCAGCACGGUUUCCAUCCCACCACUGUCUGCAAGAUCCCGAGUGGAUGCAGCCUGAAGAUCUUCAACAACCAGCUGUUUGCCCAGCUGCUGUCUCAGUUCGGUAAAUCAUGGCUUCGAGGGGUGGUGUAUGAACUUACCAAGAUGUGCACCAUCAGGAUGAGCUUUGUCAAGGGCUGGGGAGCGGAAUACCACCGUCAGGACGUCACCAGCACCCCCUGCUGGAUAGAGAUCCACCUGCACGGGCCGCUGCAGUGGCUAGACAAAGUUCUGACCCAGAUGGGCUCCCCACACAAUCCUAUUUCCUCUGUGUCCUAAUGCAUUACAGAACAAGAGGAAUAUAGUUCUCCAACAGACAUUUAUAGCGCUCCCCAAGACACAUAAUGCUCUUUCUCUUGUGAAAGUAUCUUUUCAGUGGAUUUUAUGGUACUUCUAUAGGAUCAGCCAGGAAAUAUGUACAAUAUCAUGCUGUUAAAUAAGCAGUGGUUAGAUAAAUGCUGCAUUGUUUUUAAUAAUAUAUAUAUAUUAUAGGAAGGUACUUGUUCUGGAAAUUUUUCAUUUGUGUCAUAUUUUGGCUAAUAUAUGCCUUCUAUAACAUUUCAUGUUGUUUUUCAUUUGCGUUAGCUUUCUUGAUCUUGUAAUCCAACACCCCCCCUCCUUCUAUUUUUGCCUGUUUAUUUUCUAAUCCAAACACAAAUAUUAAAAAGUUGAACAAUCCAUAAGUAUUACUGCUUUUAAAUCUGAAAACUGCAGGUUAUCAAUUUUCACAAGAUCAAUAAAACUUCAGCUGAUCGCUCUUAGAAACUUUCUGAGUUUACUCCAUGUUUAAAAUAAUAAAGCUGAUUGAACAAU